UGAAUAUUUGUAGAAAGAGAAACAAAAGGAGCACUGUCGGCUUCAACCAGGCAAAAAACCAAUCACCAUUUUCUCUCUCUUCCUCCAUUAUAGCUUUACUCUCUCUUGUGAACAUAAAACCCUAACUUCAGCUCUGUUUUUGUUCAACUAAUCGAUCUAUUUAUACUUGGAGCUUUCUUCUGUGAAGUUUUUAAGCUUUUUUUGAGUGUGUCGUGCAUGGAAAUGAACGUUUUUUCAGCGGAUUAUGAUGAGAUAUUGUGAAAUCGAGGUGAAUUCUUUUUAAGUUGGAUCUGAUUAAUUUUGCUGGGAAUUCUUCGAGAGGUAUAAUCGUCUGAAGACACAGAUAAUCACUAAAGGGUUGGUGACUUCAAAUUGAUUUUCUUAUGGCACACCUUGCUGCAAAUCACAUCGGUGGCGGGGUUCAUCAAGGGUCUGGUCCAAAUGAGGCAUUAUACAAGGAACUCUGGCAUGCCUGUGCUGGACCUCUUGUAACAGUUCCUCGUGAAGGGGAAAGAGUUUAUUAUUUUCCACAGGGUCACAUGGAACAGCUUGAAGCAUCGACGCACCAGGGAUUAGACCAACAGCUUCCUUCUUUCGAUUUGCCGGCUAAAAUUUUAUGUAAAGUGAUGAAUGUUCAUCUUCGGGCCGAGUCCGAGACAGAUGAGGUGUAUGCACAGAUAACUCUGUUUCCCGAAGAAGAUCAAAGCGAGAUCACAAGCCCUGAUCCUCCUGUCGCUGAACCUCAAAAAUGCACUGUCCAUUCGUUUUGCAAGACCCUUACUGCAUCUGAUACUAGCACCCAUGGUGGGUUCUCUGUGCUUCGGAGGCAUGCAGAUGAAUGUUUGCCUCCACUGGAUAUGUCUCAACAGCCACCGUGGCAGGAAUUGGUCGCGAGUGAUCUGCAUGGCAAUGAAUGGCACUUUCGCCACAUUUUUCGAGGUCAACCGAGGCGCCACUUGCUCACAACUGGGUGGAGUGUCUUUGUCAGUGCAAAGAAAUUGGUUGCUGGAGAUGCUUUCAUCUUUCUCAGGGGAGAGAAUGGGGAGCUUCGAGUUGGUGUUAGGAGACUCAUGAGACAGCUAAAUAAUAUGCCAUCUUCUGUUAUUUCAAGUCACAGUAUGCAUCUGGGUGUUCUUGCAACUGCUUCUCAUGCUAUCUCGACUGGGACCCUCUUCUCGGUGUUCUAUAAGCCUAGGACUAGUCAGUCAGAAUUUAUUGUCAGUGUUAACAAAUAUCUUGAAGCACGAAAUCACAAGCUUUCUGUUGGGAUGAGGUUUAAGAUGAGAUUUGAGGGCGAGGAAGUUCCAGAAAGAAGGUUCAGUGGAACAAUUGUUGGUGUUGGUGAUAACACAUCUUCUAGAUGGCCUGAUUCUGAAUGGAGAUCCUUGAAGGUUCACUGGGAUGAACCGUCGUCAAUUUUGCGUCCAGAUAGGGUUUCACCAUGGGAAAUGGAGCCGCUUGUCACAGCAGCGCCUACAAACACCCAGCCUCCUCAAAGAAAUAAGCGUGCUCGACCGCCGGUUUUACCCGCGCCGGUGCAAGAACUUCCCGCUUUAGGAAUGUGGAAGUCUCCUGUUGAUUCUCCCUCAUCAUUCUCAUACUGUGAUCCAUCUCGUGGGCGAGAUCUCUACCCUUCACCCAAACUUUCUUCUGCCGCAAAGGGUCUGGGGUAUGGUGAGAACGGUUCCAUGGCUCUUUCCACCAAAUCGAUGUUCUGGUCAAGUCAAUCGGAGACAUGUACAGAGUCUGUUGCACCUGCUAGUGAAAAGAGACUGGCUAAUGGAUAUAGGUUAUUCGGAAUUGAGUUGAUGGAUCGUCCAACCAUAGACGAAAAUUCAUCAGUUGCUAUGCCGAGUGCUGUAAUGGAGGAUCAGCCAGCUGAUGUUGAUUCUGACCGAAACUCAGAUCCAUCAAAUCCAAUUCCUUCAGUAAGUUGUGAGCUUGAGAAGUCGUGCCUGAGGUCUCCCCACGAGUCUCAAAGCAAACAGAUCCGGAGUUGCACGAAGGUGCAUAUGCAAGGGAAAGCAGUUGGGAGGGCAGUUGAUCUCACAAGAUUACAUAGGUACGAAGAUCUGCUUAAGAAAUUGGAAGAGAUGUUUGAGAUUGAAGGUGAACUUCGUGGAUCAACCAAGAAAUGGCAGGUAGUCUACACAGAUGAUGAGGACGACAUGAUGAUGGUUGGAGAUGAUCCAUGGCAUGAAUUCUGCAGCAUGGCUAGAAAAAUUUUCGUCUAUACAACUGAGGAAGCGAAGAGACUUUCACCAAAGAUAAAACUUCCUGUCGAAGACGUGAAGCCAGGCAAACCAGUUUCAGAUGCAACUGUUAGCAACGAGGAGAAGGCAUAGGAAGUGGGUCCAGUUACUUAAUACCUAUAAUUUGUAGAGGAGUGGGGAAAGAUGGAUCUGACAUCAGUCAUAGUUUUGGUUUUUUUUGGAUGUGCAAGUGAUGCCGUGCGUGACAAUUAGCCCAUACUGGCAUGGCUGAUUCAGUUAAGGAUGCUGGGCUGGCAAGACAAAAAAGGUCGGCUUUUCAUUUUUUUUAAAUGAAAGUAUUCCUUCAUCUGGCAGAAUCUCCAUCCUAGUAUUAUCUUAUUGUUAUGAUUUCGUCAAGAAAGGGGAAUCUUAUAAUGCUUGCUUGUUUGGACCUCAGAUAGACGGGAAAAGUUUGUCUGCACCCAUCUCUAAUGGGGAGAUGUGGAGAGAUACUUGCUUUACUUUCUGUUGCAUUUCUUUUUCUGUUUGGGCCUUUUUAAGGCUUUUUGUUUAAAUAUGAAGUCAUGUCAUGACAAAGAUGGCUUCUGUAUAUAUUAUUAUAAAAAAAAUAGCCUUUGCAAUUACAUUCGGGCUCUGAUGAAUUAUCAUUUGUAUUUAGGUAUCUUUUUCAUGAUAUAGUACUAUAAUAUUUUAUUCCAAAGUA